AAUUUACCCCCCCAUCUUCUUCUCCCACAAAUACAUGCCCUUCUCCUUGCCCUUGCCCUGCCCUCUCAGAAGAUCGAAUUAAAUGUCUCUUGCACACGUCAAAUCCCCCAAACACUGCGCCAAUAAGCAAGAACUGAAGGUUCACAAGCGCUACAAGAAGCUGUUCCUGGGAGUUUCGGCAUUUUUAUCCACCAUUUCCUUGCUCAUACUGCUUCUCUGGCUCAUCCUGCAUCCGUCGAAGCCAGAAUUCAGGGUGAAGCAGGCGGAUGUGUAUCAGCUGAACCUCAUUGACCUUCACCUUCUCAAUUCCUCCAUCCAACUCACUCUCUCCUCAAAAAACCCUAAUCACAGGGUGGGAAUCUACUACGACCAUCUUCAAGUGUACGCCGCUUAUAAGGGGCAACAGAUAACUCUCCCUACCUCCCUACCGCCUUUCUACCAGGCCUAUCAAGAUUCUAAUUUGCUGACGGCUUUCUUGGCGGGCAGCAGCGUACCUGUGGCUCCUUCGUUUGGAUAUGAAGUAGGAAAGGAUCAGUCGGCGGGGCGGUUCGUGCUCAAUCUCAAAGCCAUGGGACGCCUCCGAUGGAAGGUGGGGAGUUGGGUUUCUGGAGGCUACCGCUUUAAUGUGGAUUGUGUUGCGGUGAUGCCGUUUGGGCCUACGCUCCCCAUGCCUCCACUCACUUUGAACCACCCAACUCGCUGCUCUACAACCCUUUAAAUUUUCCUUCCAUCCACUUCCCCAUGCAUUGCGUAUAUGAAUAUAUUUUACAUGCCUUGUGUCUUCUCCACCCUCUGUGCAUUAAUCACUACAUAAAUAUGAUUCACACAGUCUCCACCCUCUGUGCAUUAAAAAUUUUCUCCUUUUCUUCAAAAAAAAAAAAAAAAAAAAAAA